GACGUGUGCGACCUCUAAUUUCUGAACGACGCGAACCGCGUACUGGCAGUCAAUAAAAUUUAAAAUAAAAAAUACUAAUAAAAGGACUGAUUGAAAAAGUUUAAAAAUAUGGUCAUGUGUCAUUGUGUGAUUUUGUGAUUUUUUUUAAACAAGUGUUAAUAAUGACGAAAGUAACUUUCUUAGUUCGCCAAUCAUUGCUUCCAGGCUUCGUGGCGUCACAGCCCCGAACACAAAUGGGAACAUGCGGAGAUGAGAAAGAUAUAUGAUAUAUGAUGGUUCCACAAUCCCCGGCGGACCAUCUGCUCCUCAUCCAGCAGGUCAUCGACUUCUCCUCAGAGAUGGAAGGCAGCUGCCGCACCAGCCGUCGCUCCUGGGCCUCUGAAGCCCUUUGUCGACAUCCCUGGACCACUAGCCCUGCCGAUGUUAAGGCAUUCCGCUCAUGUCUUGCCUAGGAUUGGCAGUUUCCACCACACCGUCGGCCUAGGCCUCCUGGAGCGGCUGCGAAACCGCUACGGAGACCUGGUCCGCCUCGCCAAGGCGUCCAGAACCCGUCCUGUAUUAUACGUCUUCCACCCUGAGAUGAUGCGGGAGGUGUACGAGAGCCAGGCCACGGAGCCGCCUCGCUGGGAGCGCUCACCUCUGUGCGAACAGAGGAAGUCCGUCCCAAGCCUGUGUCCCAUCUCUGGGGAUGAAACCAAUGCCAUUUGGACUGGACUUCGCAUCCUCUUCCAAGAUGGCACGAUUUUGAAGAAUUACGAGAAAGCGUUCGAAGAAAUUGCAAUCGACGCCACUGAGAGACUUGGAGCACUGCGCUACGCAGGAAACGCUCUGAAUGAGGAACUGGAGACUGAAAUCUACCGUUGGGCGUUGGAGACGGUAGGCCUGAUGAUGUUCGGCCUCCGCCUGGGCUGUCUGGAUGGUGAUGUCCACGUCCCCACCCCUGACAAUAAGACACCAGAGAAAACCUCAAUGGACGAUCACACGCCCGACCUAUGCUCUCUCUCCAAGCGUUCCCUAGCUGACCUCACCCCAGCUGAGAGGUUGGUGCGGUGCACCCGGGAGAUCGCUGAUGGCAGCCACUUGGUUCGCAGUGAACACACCCUCAAGACUGACUCGCAGGUCUUUGCUCAAGCUCUAAAAGCAUUUGACACACAUAUCAGCCUGACUGACCACUUUCUGACGCGGGCUCUUCAAGACCUGGACUCCGGAGAGAUGAGACCUGAACAAAUACUUCUAUACAAACUCCGACCCCUAGACAGGCGGAUACUUCCACUGUCGUCUGAUAUCCUUCUUGCUGGAAUUGACCCUCUGGUCCAAACAGCAAUAAGCAUGUUCUAUCAGCUCUCCCUCCAAGCGGCACAACAACAGCGAGCCCACGACGAGGUAGCCUGGUCUACCGCCUCCAAAGAUGCAGGUGCCGGUGCUAUUGAGAUGCCGUACAUUGCUGCUUGUGUUAGAGAGGCUAUGAGGCUGCUCCCAGCCACAGGAGGCGUUGUACGACGAAGCAUGGAACCUCUCGCUGUUGGUGGUUACGAAGUACCUGAAGGAGUAGACUUAGUCCUCGCACAUGGUGUCAGCUCCAGAUUGGACACAGAGUGGAGACGAGCGAAAGCCUUCAUCCCCGAGCGCUGGUGCACAGAAGGCUGGGAGCCCAUCCGAGCUUCCAAAGCCCAUUCCUUCGCCUCCAUGCCUUUUGGAGAAACCUGCCCAGCGACAGACAUAGUUAAUAACAUGUUAUCUCAAUUGGCAAUGAGGGUACUUGAGAAAUACAGGCUGGAAUGGCACGGACCCGCUCCGAACAUGGCCACCACCGGGGUCAACAAACUUCAGCCGCCAUUUUAUUUCGUGUUGCAGAAUGCGGCGUGAUUAGCUGUGAUAUUUUUAGCUUACCUGUUUAGUGGUAAUAUGGUACGAAUAGUGGCGUAGCUAUAAAAGGGUUAGAUUCAGCGGGACCCCAAAGUUCAGGGGGCCUCGGACUGAGACCAGCGACUUUUUUGUUGCACACACAGAGACGUAAUUCUGAACGUCGAAAGUUGAAUAUUGUAACAGAUUCUACCUAUAUUAGUGACCUACCUACCUAUUAGUGAUCUACCUACGUUAGUGAGAUAAAAAAUUUUGAAAAUUUGAUUGUAAGUUUUCAACCCGCCGCCCGCUUUACGUUAAACCUCGCUAGGAAUGCUAUUGUCGCUAAUCACCCGCCAAGGCUAUGUCCUACAAUAUGCACGGGAAAAUAUAGAGUGGUUCUCUUGUAGGACGCCACAGAAAUAUGGGUGAAAUAUUAAAGGCUCAAAGCCUGAAAGCCCAUAGUCCAACUUGCCAUGGAGAUCAGCCCUGGUUCAGAUGAUCUCUAGCUACGCCACUGAGUACAAGUUACUCUAUCUGUAGUUAUGUAAGAUAAAAUGUCGUUUGCCAUCGACACAUUAUGGUCAUAAUGUUAGACAUGUUUUUUUUUAUUGAGAAAUUAUAAUUAUAACAUAAUUACAUGAAAUGAAUGAAAUGACAAAUGUCAUUUGAGUGCUAUGUAGUCAUUUAUGGUCAUAGUCUGUAUUCUAAUUUGUAUUAAUAGAAUGUAAUAAUGAGCAGAUCUUUACAUAGUUAAAUAAUAAUAAAUUGUAUACCAUAAAA